CUUUAGUCUCGCGAGAACCAGCGUUCCUGCCUUGAGAGGCCAUCGGGGGCGCCCUCCCACCGGGGUAGUAUGGAGGGAGGCGACGGCUGCGGGGAGCAUCUGUUCUCGCUGGAGCUGCUGGUGGAGUCGGCGCGCGUGGAGCCACAGCUGCUGCCGACGCCCUGCCCGCCACGUGGCCCCUUCCGGCCGGCCGUGGCCCUCCGGCUGUUGGACUUCCCGACCCUCCUGGUCCGCGCCCCGCAGGCCGCGCCGGGCCCGGUGGUGCCCUUCGGGCGGGGCAAGUCGUGCCUCUUCAGGCUGCGGCCGGACGCUCUGAAGGGCCUCUUGCGUCGCUCCCCGCUCCACGCGCUGCUGCUGGCACUGCCGCCCAACCCGGGGCCCGCCCGCCUGCUCGGCUCGUCCUGCGUCUCCCUGGCGGCCGCCGCCGAGGAGGUGUUGCUGGGCUCCGGGCCGGGGAGUGGAAGGGGCCACUUCCCGCUGCGGGACCUGAUGGGAGAAACGGUGGGGGAGCUGGAACUGAGCUAUCGCCUCAACAGCCUGGGCUCCUCGGGCCUGGAGGACUUCGAGCCAGGGGCGGCGGCGGACAAAGCCCUCGCUGGAGACCAGCGGCACCAGCAGCUCGCUUCCCCGCCGGGCAAAGUGGCGGCGCGGAGGCUCAGUCUGGAGUUCAUCUCAGAGGGAGAGGAGGACCAGGACCCUGCCCCAAGUGGUGGCAGCCAGGGGUCCCUAAGCAGCCCUGGCACCGAGCCAGAGCCGUUUUCCAGUAGCUCCAGCGGGGAGGAAAUCUCUGGAGAGCUGGAGAUCGACACAAAUGCUUUUUGUCCCCCUCCAAUGUAUUACAGCCAUCAAACUGAAAAACGCUGCCCCAGCCCUAAAUCUGCUGCAAGAGUGAUAAUAGUGGCCGCUCAAGAUUCACUUCCCAAAGAAAGAACUUCGUUGCCUGUUGUUAAGGAGGAGCCUGUAACUAGUGCUGAGGAGGCUUCUUCACCUUUAUCCAGCUCACUGGGUAGCUCUAAGGAACUCAGGCAGACUUUAAGUCAGCUGCCUCUACUGAAUGCUUUGUUGGUGGAACUCUCCUUGCUAAAUAGCCAGCCCCUGCCACCAGGACCAUCUACUGUGCAUCCUCAGUUGGCAUGGCUCUACCAAAAUGCAGAAGAAGGUACAAAAACACCACCCUCUAACGGCAAGAAUCUGUGCGCCUGCCGGGACGAUAAGAAAAACAGCCCACACCGCAAAGAGAGAGGAAGAUCACCUAGUCCUAAAUUAAAAAGAAAUCGCCCAGAUCAUUUAAAAGGCAUGUCUCCUAUCUGUCCUGGCAAAACAUUUACAAAACCAGUAUACUUUGAAAGACCUGUAAGCCCUGAAAAGACAAAUACCAAAGAAAAUUCUCCCCCUAGAAGGAAGCUUACUUAUGGGCUGACAAAUACACUAAGGCUUCGUCUUCAGCGAUCCAAUCCAGGUGUGUUGAAAGUUCAUGAAAAGAGAGAACAUCGUAGAAAAAAACUUGGUGACGUAUCUUUUGAAAAAAAAGGUAAAAGCUCUUUAGCCAAAAGAAAAAUAUUCCAAGGCUCCCUUGACUGUCAUCCAAAGUCUUCUGGGCAAUGUGAUGAAAAAAGCAUCCCUGAUCAAAAUGCUCAAAUUAAUGAAAAUGUUGAGACUUUAAUACAAAGCAGUGCUGAAAGAAAUAGCCCUAUGGCCACAAAAAAAAUAAGCUCUCGUAUUCUCAGAAAAGUUGGAGCCAGUGGUGUGAAGACUAGAGACAAUGCAAAAGGAAAGUGCUCAUCUGAAAUUGUUGAUUCUAGUUAUAAAGAAAAAAGCUUGGAAGUUCAUCUGCCAAGAGUCUUUUUACAGAAUACUGAAGCCCUUGAAAACCCAACAGACACAGAGAUAGAAAAAUGUGUGCAAUGUUAUGAUUGUAAUAUUUCAUAUUUAUAUAAAGAUAGACAAAUCAACAACUUUGAAAAGAGUCAUGCACGUAAGAAUUCAGAUAGCAUAGUUGUUAAUUCUGAAAAUGCAGCCUAUUCAGAAGAUUUCACCAGUGUUGACAGUUGUGGCACAAGCUUGGAAGCUCCAGUGAGCAGCCCUGAACCUUUACCUAUAAACUCAGAUCACAGUCAGUCUGGCAUUGACUCCAAUUCUAAAAAUUCCAGAAGUCUUCCUGCUAAAUGUAUUUCACCUCUUCAUCCAAUACCUUCAGCUAUAUCUCCUGUUCAGACACUUAAAAAGACAUAUGAUUUAAAAUCUAAUGAAAAAAAAUUAGGUAUUGGAUUGAACAAAUUUGAUGAUGAUUCUCUUGCAAGAACUUUAAGGGACCAACUUACAGUUCAUGAAAAGGAAAAGAGGAAAGUUACACAGACUUUUGAGGACAAACAAGUAUACCCUGAUACAAAUUGUAACAUAGCAAAAAGUCGGUCAUCUGUGGAAAAGAGCCACUCUGUAAGGACAUCUCAAGUUAGCUCUUAUUUGCCCUCCAGUGUGUCUGAUCUUGAACUUAGUGGGCUAGAAGAAAGCAAAGCACCCGACAUAGAAAAAGAGGAUGGCUUUGGAAUGAUGGAUAUUACAAAUCAAUGUAAACAUAUCAGUGAACUAGUAAUAAACAAGCUUCCAGGAUACACAAUGUAACAAUAAUAAUGGCAAAAUCAAAGUGAAAAUGUCUUAAUUUUAAAUAAGAAAACAUUUUAAAGUCAUUUUGAUUUUUUUACAAGUAUAGGUUUUGCUUGAUAAGUAACGGAUGCACAGAUAUUUUUCAGUUU